AUGAAUAUCGUCGAAUGGGCUUUCGGGAAGCGCAUGACCCCCGCGGAGCGUCUGCGCAAACACCAGCGUGCUUUGGACCGAACACAGCGCGAAUUAGACCGAGAGCGAGUGAAGCUGGAGAAUCAGGAGAAGAAGUUGAUCCAGGAUAUUAAGAAAAGCGCCAAAAGUGGACAAACUGGAGCCUGUAAGAUCCAGGCCAAGGACCUGGUUCGGACACGGAGGUACGCGCAAGCUAUUAUUCACUACCCCUCUCUGUUUAUCAAUGCGCUGACUCUUAUCGCCCCCAAGACCGUCCGAAGCAAUGAGCAAAUGAUGCAGUCUAUGAAGGGAGCCACAAUGCUCCUGGGUAGUAUGAACAGACAGAUGAAUCUCCCGGCAUUGCAACGAAUUGCGAUGGAAUUUGAACGAGAGAACGACGUUAUGGAUCAACGGCAAGAGAUGAUGGACGACGCAAUCGAUGAAGCCACAGGAAUGGAAGGCGAGGAAGAGGAAGGAGAAGACAUUGUGAAGGAGAUUCUGGACGAGAUAGGUGUCGAUUUGAACCAGGCGCUUGGUGAAACACCCGCGGAUAUACAAAAAGCACCAGUCAAUGAGACAAGAGUUGCGCAGGCUAUCGGGGGUGGAGGUAAUACAAGUGAUGAUGACCUUCAGGCCAGACUGGACAGUCUUCGAAGAUAA